AUGUCUCAGGAUAACAAUACCGUCCUUCAGACGUUCGACGACACUAGCCACUAUACGCGAAACCACUUUCAGUCUACGGCGUUUAAUCAACUUUCGAAUUUAAGUGCAACAAUCGAGCAACUUGAAAACGAAAACAGGGAUUUAAAAGUCCGGGUUUCCGAGCUCGAAGAGGAAAAUAGAAAAUUGAAAUCCGAAGUAGCUCCUCAUGAUAAACAACAGCUCCGUGACCGACUGCAAAAUAUAAAGUCAAUGUGCGAUGAGUGCGAAUCAAUCCUGGGUAUAAAGCAUUUAUCACUGAAGCAACAAAUCGGUUAUCAUUCGCAAGGCCAAGUCCAAAAUCAUGUACACCUGCGUCCUCAAAAUGGAGAAAACAUGAUGGCUGCAUUUAACUUUGGAUCACAAUCAAUGUUGACUACUAAACCACCAACACCAGAGCGCAUGGUGGAAGAAACCAAUGGACCCCCCUCUCCGUCGAAUAGUCAUGAGAAUAGUAUUGGUGGCGGAAACAAUGAUUUUCCGUCAUUUACCGUGUGGGUUGCAUGGCGAGGCCGCCCAUCAACCGAUGCACCAUUACGACAGAUAUUCGGUGGCCUAGACAUAAAGGAUGUCCGCCCAUCUCCAAAUAAAUCCUUUGCCCACAUUGAUUUUAGUACAGCGGAUUCAAUGCACAAAGCGCUAGCAAGGGAUGGCGAGGAUAUUCCAAAUUUUGGUCACCUGCGUGUAGAGAAAGGCAAUCCCCAUCCCUCUCGUCCAAUGGGUAAAAACCACUCCCUUCCCUCCUCUUCUUCCUCCCCGCUAUCCUCAUCCUCUCUCCAAUCUCCCAACUCUCCCCAAUCUCACUCCUCCCCCAAUCAACCUUCAUUCUCCUCUCCUCCCCUACCCCCCCACACUCCCACGUCAUUCUCAGACAACAGACCGAGACAACAAAAUCAACAAAAUCGAAAAAAUGACUAUGUUAGAGGCGGAUAUCCAAAUGCGUUUAAUCGGCAGAAUAGUAGUAGUAAUAACUAUGAAGAAGACCUCGAAAACCAAAACAAGGCAAUGUCAAUUAAAGGUUGGCAAGACAUGGCCGCACAAGGAACAACGAGUAUUCCCAAUCAUCAAGAGCAUAAAGCUGAUAUGUAG